UGUAAUCUAUAGCGCUAUACAUGUUACAUGUUUUUUCAAUAUGUUCUUCACUAUGCAACACUGCUAAGUGACGUGAGUCUGUCUCAUCAAACACUCUAGAUAUAUUUAAAGCUCAGAGUAUUGAGUGGUUAGAAUGGGCAGCAUAACAAGCUAACCACCUCUAAUGCUCCAACUCUUACUUACAUUUGAAACUAUAAUUGUAUCUGUGCAGACAGCGACACUGUUGUCAUAGUUAAUGUAGAGAUGUUCAUAAUCAUAUUCAAUAUCUGCAGAACAAUUACCCUCCCUGGGUCAUAAACCCACAUGUAGAUGACCUGACAAAUGUCCCCUUCUCUAUCUGACCUCCUGUAGUCUCUCAGCCUCAGAGACAAGUUGCCUCUCUCCAGCUCCUGGGUGACCAGACUCACUCUGCCCUCAUAGCCCCUCCCCUCUAUCACCUGGCCAUUCUUAUACAGGUUAAGUACUGGUCUGACUUGUACCUGAAAUGGAGUUAGGCAUGAAAGGGUUAACUAAAGUUUGGGAGGAAGGUGGCACACCAAGACUCUUCUCCAAUCAAACUGAUACGCAUCAGCCCAGUAAAGCACGGAAGAACGCGACCAAACUCUCCUUUGUCAAUUAAGAGUUCUGUAUAAAGUAUCUUCCGUUCCUCUGGUCAUUGUGCUAGCAUGUUGUUGACAUUUUGUCGACUUUGAGUGUGCGCCGCUGUUGCUGUUGCCCUGCCUGCCUGCCCGCCUGCUGCUCGCGUCUGCUUCUCCCGCUCCGCUCCGCCUGUCCUGCUCUCCCCGUCUCCCGUCUCCGGCUGUUCGCUUCCCGGCCUCGUCUUCCACGGUGGGGAUGGACCUCCUGGACCUCCGCCAGUCCCACAACGAGCUCCCUCCCCGUUUGGAGAGGCGGUCCUGCCUGCAGCGUUCUGGCCGCGUCCUCGGGGCCCCCGGCCGCUCCUUGAGUGGUGCUGCUCCGGGCUCCUCGGCUUCCCAGGGUCAGCCGGCUCCGCCCUCCGGUCCCGUGCGUCGGCCUGGCCGUCCCCCACAGUCUCCGCCCCCCGGGCCUUCUACCUGGGAUCGCUCUGGGGCUCGGCGGCCGUCUGUGCUGGCCCCGGAUUCUGCUCCUCGUCCCUACCUUCACGCUGGCCCCGGCCCCUCCCCCUGUCCGCCCCGUGGCCCCCUCUGCUUCCAGACCUUCCCCCGUGUCUCCCUCCCUCUGGGCCGCUUCCUGCUGGCAGGCUCCGGUCCGGACUUCCCGCCCGCUCUGGCUGCUGCCCUUCUCAUCGGCACCCUGCCCGCUCCUGCCUCCUGCUCCUGCUCCUGCCCUGCCUCUCCUGCUGCCGGGCACUGGGCCGCACCUGGCGGGUUCCUGCCUCUUUCGCACCCGCCCCCGUUUCCCUGCCUCCCGUCCUCCCUGCCCCGGAUCUGGCUAUCGUCCUCGCCGGCCUUCCUGCCCUGUUUGUGGUGUUCGUCUCCUCCAUGGGCUCUCCGCCGCCCUUCUGCCCUGCGCAUGACCCUGCCCCUGCUUGGCCUGGCCCUGCCCCCUCCGGGCUGCGCCCCUCCCUCCGUGCCUUCCUUCCUGCAUAACUGCUGCAACAUAGCUGCUGCAACACAGCUGCUGCAACACAGCUGCUGCAACAUAGCUGCUGCAACAUAGCUGCUGCAACAUAGCUGCUGCACCCAUAAUAUAUUCCUGCUCUAACCAGAACCACAUACAUCUUCAUGGAGGCCCUGGUGGGUCCUCUGUCCACACCUUACUGGAAACACACAUCACUGAUCACCUUCUGGCACGUGACAACCUCUUAGACUCCAGAAACCUGAUUGUCUGCUCCUUUUCCAAACCAUUCCCAUACAACAUCAUGCAGACCUCCUCCCCUACCUUCCUCCUUGUGAAGAACACAGUCUUUACCUUUUCAACUGAGAACUCUGUACCUUGACUAACUAAAACUACAUGUUUGGGGGGGAUUUAAACAAUGGCACCAUGAAAUAUAAAAGAAAACAGUAGCAGUGUCAUCUUUGAAGUCUAAAACAAACAUGAUGUUAUAUGACAUGAAACAAGGAAAUGUACUCACCACGUGCAGCUGUGUUGAAGGAUAGAGAAUAAAAAGUUAAAACAUCAUCACAACAGAACAUAUCAGUAAUGUAUCAGUGUGUGUUGUUGUUAAUCAAUGAUGAUGAAUAACAUGAUGAUGUCAGUAACCAGAUGGACAGAGAGUAAGGAUAUAAUGCUGCUCUAUGAUAUGCAGCUGCUCUAUGUUAACAGUCAUCAGCAUCAACAUGUAUCAGUGUUACGGUCUCCUCUCCCUGUCUGCUGUUUCUGUGUGUUUGUUUCAGUUGCAGGAUGGCAGGCAGGGGGAGGAGCCAUGAUCACUGAUGGGGAACAUCUGUGCUGCACCUAUAUAAGCUGGACCUCUCCAGGAGAUCUCUCUCCUUGAUCACAACAUUGAUCAUUGUUUGUGGCAACCCUUAAUCCUGAUUCACACCUUACACCACCCUACACAUGCAAACAUUCACAAAUCCACUCCAUACAGUAGUGAUUCCCCUGAUUACCACACUAAACAUAGGUGUUUAAGUUACUUUAGUUUAAUAAGUACAUUUGACACCCUCAUUCCCACAACUUGUCUGACUCUUAGUCACCUCCCACUAGCAUGGUUGUGACAUCAGUGUAAGCUAUGGAGUGUCCUGUUAGUUCAACAUCUUCUUCACUAAUAUGUAUCACUGCUAAGUGGUGUGAGCCUGUCUGUUCAAACACUGUGGAUUUAAACAAGCUGAGAGUACAGAGUGGCUAGAAUAGGCAGCAUAACAAGAUGAGACUUAAAAAACAUUGA